AUGUUCGCUCGUAUCUCUGUCUCCGCUGUCCUAGCUCUGCCUCUACUCACCAGCGCUGGUGUUAUCCCCGUCGCCCUUCCCCGUAAUGAUAUUAUGACCAGGGAGAUUCCUACAAUCUUCCCUGUCCCUGUUAUAUGCCCUACCUCUCUCCCCAUUCCCCUUCCCAGCGAUGAAUCGGAUGACGGUGCGGUUAUUACGGGCAGGCAGGCUCUUCCCGCCCUUCCAGCUCUGCCGGCUCCUCCCGCUCUCCCAGCCCUCCCAGCCCUUACAGGCAGACAGACUCUUCCAGCUAUUCCCGCCCCUCCCGCCAUUCCAGCCGUUCCAGCCGUUCCAGCCCUUACAGGCAGGCAGGUGAUUCCAGCUCUUCCCGCUCCCCCCGCCCCACCGGCUCCUCCGGCCGUUCCAGCGAUUCCAGCGAUUCCCGCCCUUACAGGCAGGCAGGUGAUUCCAGCUCUCCCGGCUCCUCCUGCCCCGCCAGCUCCUCCAGCCGUUCCAGCAAUUCCCGCCCUUACAGGCAGGCAGACGAUUCCAGCGAUUCCAGCGAUUCCAGCGCUUACGGGCAGGCAGGCUCUUCCGGCCCUUCCAGCUCUACCUGCUCCUCCAGCCCUCCCAGCUCUUCCGGCCCUUCCUCGCGACGAAUCAAAUGUUAUUAGCAGGCAGGUUACGAUCUCCCCAGUCCCUCCCACCCUUCCGACCGUCGAUGAAGCAGGUGUUAUUGAAGGCAGACAGGUUGUUACGGGCUCUCCCACCGUCUCCCCAGUCCUUCCCGCUCUUCCCCGUGCUAUGAUUAGGGGCAGGCAGGUCGUCACCAUCUCCCCAGUCCUCUCCCCAGUCCUUCCUCGUGAUGAUGGUGCCAUUAUUGCGGGCAGACAGGUCGUUACAGGCUCCCCAGUUAUUUCCCCAGUCCUUCCUCGUGGACAGUGAUUUCAACGCCUUUGGCUUCUAAUGGAGCAGGCAAUUUCUCGUGAAUCAGAGCGUCUUGGUGAUCUCGUAAAGUGCAUUCGUUCGUUUAAUAGAUAAAUAGUUGGAGAAAACAAUAUUGCUGGGUAGUAGCAAACUUUGUACCAAUACCUAUAACAUUUCGAGUUUUUCUGUCAUUCGAAGCUUCCUGCUGAAUC